AUGAGUAGUUCUGAAUUUACUUACUUAGAUAUUGAGGAAUACAAUGUUUUAAAAGCUUAUUUAGAUUUUGAAUACAAUUCUUUUGAAGAAAGUAAUGAAGGUCUUGAGUUUGUUAACAUUGCCUUUGCAAAUGCUCAAGCACUAUUAAAUAACACAAUGCAUGAUAAAAUAGAUGUGAAAAUUAAAGAAACCCUAGCACAAGGUUCAAACCUAACACCAUACACAGAAGCAGUUGAAGAUGCUGAAAGGCAUUUUUACAAACUUGGUGUAUGUUAUCCUCAUUUAAUUUAUGAUCAGAACAUGCUUUAUGAGGCAGGUAAAAAACAACUAUGCUCAAUUGAGCAGAGUAAAAAAAUUAAUGAACGUAAUAUUCAAGUAGCUUGUACUGGUGUUUUUAAAUGCCCCAAAUUUACUAAAAGACUCAUCACACAAAAUUUAUCUUUAAGCCUUUGCAAUAAAGCUUCAACAUGUAUUGAACAAGAAAAACAUCAUGAUGACACAACUUUAGCAUUAAUUGUUUUUAAUGAUAAAUCUAAUCAAAGCCUAUUAGAAAUCGAAACAACAAAACUUUCAAGCAAAUUAAGUGUUAAAACAGCAAUUAAAUUAGGAAAAGGUAAAAUAAAUAAAGAAAAGUUGCAUAUAACUCCAGAGAAGGCUUCAAAAAUAAGCUACGAUCUUAUUAAUCAAUCACUAUUUGGUGAAUCUUCAACUACUAACGAUCUUUUAGUUAUAUAUGAGGAUAUUUUGAAUACAUUGUUAGAAACUCAUAUAAAUGAAUUUGACAUAGAAGAUCUGCGUUCAGAAAUUACCAAACAUGUACCUACUAUAAUUUCAAAAAUUAAGGCAGCUCAAAGUAAAAAAAAUCGAUUAUCAAUGCUUCUUACAGAAUACAUAGAUAAUAUUGUCACUAGUCAAAGUGAUCAUGCAAUCAAAUCACGCAAAGAUUCACUCUGGUCCUUGGUUAUAAAACUAUUAUUUGCUUUUAAUUAUCUGAAUCAAGCUACACAUUAUUUAUUCGAAGAUGCACCAGAAAUAAUACUUGCUCAAGAUGUGUACAAAACUGAACCCCAAGUAGCUUCUGGAUAUCAUGCACGAAAUGUAAGUAAUGUGAGUCAAGAAUUAAUUGUUCAGCAAGGCACAUCAGCUUUACUAUCUGAAAUCAGCCUUCCAAAACAAAUAUGUCAUACUACUACAGAGGCAAAAAAGAGUAUACUUGCUCAGUUACUUGAUUAUAAAGAAAAUUUGCCUAAGGCCACAGUUACAAAAGUUUUUUGGAAACUUUAA